UUUUCAUCAAAACCAUCUGCACCAUCAUCAGCAGCAACAGCAACCACAGCCAUCGACAUCGUCGGGUGUCAGACCGGGCUGCCAAUGCCAGACUCAUCGUCAACAGGCGACACUAAUGUUUCCACCUACCGGCCUAACAGUACCACCACCUCCACCUCCUCCACCGCCAAUGAUGCCAGAACAUGUACCAGUGCCAAUGAAGAAGGAUUGCUCCAAGUGUCUUCAAAUUAAAUGCUAUUACGAAUCGGUUGGGUCCAGCUCUUCAAAACAUAAUCCUAGCCAAGCAGCUUUAGCAGCUGCUGCUGCGGGCUGCAGUAGCAACGGAGCAUUCGCUGGUCCACCGAUAGGACAUCCGGCUAAUAGCCACAGCCACGGUCAUCCCGCUCCACCUCCACAACAACCAGGUGGUGGAGGUGGAUCACUUUCUGCAUCAAACGCUAUGCAGCGCAUGCAUCGAUCCGGUGGCGGUAUCAUUUGCAAUUCUUCCAAAUGCAAUCCAUUUGCUGGCGCUGUAGGACCUCCACCACAUCCUUCGGAGAUGUAUCGCCAAAAAAUGUCACAUUGUCCUUCCCAACAUGGACCGGUAGGUAGUCAUCAAUCGCAACCGCAUCACCAGCAACAGCCACACUGUAGUCGCGAUUAUCGGUAUAUGAAGUUCCCGGCCGUUCCACAGUCGCCUCAUCACCACCAGCCGCAGCAACUGCAGCAAAACAACCACAAUCAUCACCACCAUCAUCAUCAUCAUCAUCAUCAUCACCAUCAGCAGCAACAGCAGCAGCAGCAGCAGCAAAAGCAGGGACAUCAAAUGAUUGUUCCUGGAGGUAUUCGGCAUCCUCUGCCAUGUCUUCCGGGGCCUUCACAAGCAUCUCAAUCAACAGCUUCAACAUCACGUGGUCCCUCAAUGACGAUCGCUGGAGCAAUGUCAACUACUGCUACUACAACAACUGCCGUAACAGCAGGACCCUCGGCUGCAGGGCCGUCAUCCUCAACAGCAACUACUGCCGGUGGAUGCACAACUACAACAUCUGCUUCGUCGUCCACAUCGCUCACAACGGCUUCUAGCUCAUCAUCAUCAUUGACGGCGCCGCCUACGUCAAGUGGAGCAUUCCAAUCGAAAUGCAACUGUCCGAUACACAAGGAUGAUCCGAAUGCGGCCGCACCAGUAGCACAGCCAACAGCAUGUCACUCGAGGGAGGCAGGACCAGUGCAGGGGAUAGGUACCACGGUGUCUUGUUGUUUAAAACCGAUCUGCUGUACAGUGCCGAUGUCCCAUCCAUCGCAACACAAACCAGCCCCACAACCUCCAGCAUCAGGUCCACCUGGUCCAUCGCCAUAUCAGGCAGCAGGGUUGGGAGCAUGCUGCGGAUGUGCUGUACACAGCGUUCCGUCAGUCGCACCACCGAACAUAUAUGCAUCAGGUGCAUUCUUUGGAUCAGGUGCAUCUUCGUCCAGCUCUUCUUCCCUUUCGUCCUCUCAAGCUCAGCAACACCAGCAACCUUCAUCUUCGAAGGCUUUUGAUCGUUCCAUGAUUGGCUCGUUCAAUGCUAGUGAAGGUGAUUUCUUGGGGGCGGGAAUAUCCUCGGGAAGUUCACAACAACAGCACAAGGAAGAUUGUCCUUUGUCGCAAGCGAAAGGGAAGCAGCAUUCUUCUGGCAAUAGCAGCACCACUGGUGGUAACGGUAAUGGUGUACAGAGCCGGAAUGGAUCGACGGCUCUACUGGAUCCGAUCAAAGUUAAUCGCAAACCAAACUGUCUUGCUAAAUGCAUCGAUUGUUGCAUUGGAUGUGAGGUUGAAUUUCCUCUCGACGCGAUCGCUUGCAUCUUCGAUUGUCUAACAGAGGCGUCCCUCAUACCAGAAGCCAUUACAAUGCAGAUGAAUGAGAUGAGUCGCAUGGCAUACGAUGCGGGUGGUAGUGGAGCAGGGAACUCCGCUAGCAAUGGCAACAGCGGCCUAUCGGCACCAGAAGACGUAAACAUAAUUUCGCCAAAGUAUCGCCACCUCCCCAUAGCCGAUUCGACCGAUCGUAACGAAACAUACCUGACGCUUGCAUUCGAAGCAGCCAUUUUGGCGCUCAGUAAACAGCGCAUCAUGCCUCAUGGGCUGUACGCGCAGCACGUUAUCUGUAAGCAACAAGAUCAGCUGAUUCAACGGUUACGUAGCAUCGAUCUGGAGCCAGUACUGGUUAAUGUUUUGCGAAAUCUUAGUGUGCAGCUACUGGAUGGUGGCCCGACGAGCGGUUUGGGUGAAAUGAUUCACCCGGAAUCGGUACCGAUGCACACGUUGGCACGCUUUUUGUUCGCCUCCCUGCUUAAUCAGCAUUCCGAUUUGGCGUUCGAGAUCGGUUUGCGAGCAAUGCGUUUCCCGAUACUGGAAAACAUCAACGAGGGCUCGGUAAAUGGGAUUGAACUGCAGCAUAACAAUUUCAUGCACUCUCCCUACCCACGCUGGUGGACCCUGGGCCAUCUGGAGACGCAACAGUGUUCGCUCAGCUCGACCAUGCUCAGUGCUGCUAAAGGAGACACGAAACGUUUGUCGGCAGUACUGCAAAAUGCUCGGCGUAAUAUUCAUAGCAGUUCUCAUCUGUUUAAGCUUGCACAGGACGCAUUCCGAUUCGCUACUCCCGAAAAUGGUCCCCGCAGUCAAACACUUCUAGGUGUGGCGUUUGAGUUGGGACUCCAAGUGAUGCGAAUGACUCUCACUUGUCUCAAUUGGCGUCGUCGUGAAAUGGUUCGCUGGCUGGUGACCUGUGCGUCUCACGUUGGUAUCGAUGCACUGUUGUCUAUCAUGCAAAAUUGGUAUCAUCUGUUUACUCCUACGGAAGCUACUGGUCCGGUAGCAACAACCAUCAUGUCGCACUCGACGAUCAUGAGACUGAACCUAAACUUCCGGCAGCAGGAUGAGCUCUCGAACUGUGCCCGUACACUCGCCUUACAGUGUGCGACGAAGGAUCCUCCGAACUGUGCCCUGAACGCGUUGACCUUGUGCGAAAAUGAUGCGAUGGCCUUUGAAACGGCGUAUCAUAUUGUUAUUGACGCAGCGACGCACAUCAUGACCUCUAGUCAGCUCUUUACAAUUGCACGAUAUAUGGAACAUCGUGGAUAUCCUGCACGAGCGUACAACUUGGCCAUGCUUGCGAUGAAGAAUGUACAGCUCGCUUACAAUCAGGAUACUCAUCCGGCGAUCAAUGACAUUCAUUGGGCGUGCGCUUUGUCACAUUCCCUAGGCAAGGCAGAACUGUCGAAGAUGAUACCGCUCGUAAUAAAGAACGUUCAGUGCGCGACAGUUCUCUCUGACAUUCUAAGGCGCUGCAGUGUUCCUACACCUGGUUUGCACAAUUUCGGAGCCCACGGUAGAGGGAACAAUCUAAGACAAUGCAUAAAGCUGAGCUACGAUCGUGAACCGCUUAAUCAGCUGCUGGAAGCAGCUGUAUCGGCUUACGUAAAUACCACCCAUUCACGACUUUCGCACAUCUCUCCGCGUCAUUACAGUGAUUUCAUUGACUUCCUCAGCAAAGCUCGUGACACAUUUAUGUUGGCACGGGAUGGGCCGGCUCACUUUUCCCGUUUAAUCGAAAACAUAACAAUUGCAUACAAGGGCAAAAAGAAGCUGGUGAGACAGGUUCGACAACGUUUUCAGUUCGUGUAAAAAGUACACGCCGAGCAACGGCGCGAUCUGACUGCCGUUACGUACGAGAGGUUCACAAAAAGUAUCUUUGCUAUCCAGUUCAGUUAGCCAUUAACGUGACUAAACGCGCAUAACAGUGUUUUUAGGUAGGGUAACUAAUUUGCCACUUCACAUUUCUCGGGAUUCGUUGUGUUUACUCGAUCGUGGCUCUCUCUGGUUUAUUAAGUAGGUAAUGCGUAUAGCAGUAUUAUUACGUUAAAUAAUUUCGACUUUAUUCUUUGCCUUUAAUGUUUCUUGUUUUUCUUGUUGAUUUCUAUCUUUUCGCCCCCUACUGAAUCUUGUUUGUCUUUUACUGAUUGUUUUUUUAGCGGUUUUCCUAAUUUUCUUCAAUGUUGCUUCGAUCGAAUUUUGUCGUCUUAAUUUCUUCACUGUCGGCGCCUCUCUUCUUUACGGAGCUCUCUCGUGUUACUAAAACAUAAAUAGUAUCUUUCCUUUGAUUUUAAAAACGAUACGGCGUACUAAAUGCAGCCGUCAUUAGGAGCAUUCAACAAUGAGGAAUUGAUCUCAAGAAAUGUAAUAUGUUAUAAUAACAUUUCCGUUUCAUCCCUUUCCUUGCUUCAUCCUGUACAAAGGAAUUCCAUAGUCGAAUGUAAGCUAAGCUAUGCUCAAACGUUCUGGCUAGCCAUGCGUUUUAACCACAAUCCGUUUCUCAAAUUUCUUGCGCAAAUAAUUAGCGAAAUAUUAUUCGGUUCAAACCUCUUGCGAAGGUUUGGCACACACAAAGGAGAUGAUGAUACUUCAAGAUAAAAGUAACUAAAUUUAUUAAAAACAGUAUAAAUAGGAAGUACUUGGAAUAAGAUAAAAGAUCUAUCGAAUGCCAAAUAAACCCCAAAACAACACACAAAAUAUGCUGUACCACGCAUAUAGAAACAGCGUCAUUUACCCCUCUACCAAUAGAAUCAAAGGCCUUUGCAAAUGAUUAACAUGUAGUAUAUUAGAAAGUAUUUAUGAUUGUUAGAAGGCUUCUGCGAAAAAAAAAACAAACACUUGUGGACCGAACGUGUCCCAAAUAUAAAACCUAAGAUUCUCUCUAUCCAUUCCAUAGAUAUGACUGCAUUUAAUUCACGUGCCACACAGUCCAAAUCCGAGAAUGAAUUUGGAGUACUGCUACAACAGAAGGGAAAAUAGAAGUAAAGCUGACAAAGAAGAAAAGAGUGCGCGAGAGAGAGAGGUUCGCAAGACACAGAUUGAAAAUGACAAGUUGGAGAAAUGAUUAGUUUUGAUUGAUUGUUAAAGCAUGCUGGGUUAUAUAAAGGCUUAUUUAGUAAUUGUUCUAGUUUAUUCUGUAGUCAUAUCGAAAUUUACAUUAUUUUGUAUCUACCUCCCCCGUAAACUAAUCAGACUUUUAAGCUUUGCCACUUUUGUUACCGAAAAAGAAAACAGUUCGUGGUAAAUCUAAAGUGUAAACUAACUAUUUUAUUGUUAGACAAGGUAAUACUCCCGCAUCUGUGAGGCGAUUGGUUGGUCAUCCUUCCAAAGCAUGGUAAUAAUGUAUAGUAUUUUAUACGAAGAAACGAGGAAGAAAUGAGCUUUGCUUCAAAUUAUUCAAUGAAUGCGCAGCAAAUUUGAGGACAUAGCUCAGGAUAGGCGAUGUCCCAUCUGAAGUCAUACCAGAGCCGAAUGCUUCAGCUAGAAUCUUGCUGUACAACAAUGAGCGAGAUUAUCACUCAGUGAAAAAGACAAAUUAACAAGCAAAACUAACACUUAUUGUCAGUAUUAUCCUUACGGACUCUCACUACAGACGAAAGGCACGUUGGGCAAUUAAAGAAAAUCAUUAAGCGAAUCGUGUCUUCUUUUCUCUGUCGAUUUCGUCCAUCGUCUUUAUUGAAAAUACCGAUGCAAACGUAGCAUAAAGAAAUCAGUAUAUUUAAGAUGCUAACUAUCAAAGAACUCACGGCAGAACGCGGGUUAAUAGUGAAGCCAUCGCGAGAUAAGCGUUACAGCAAAACAGACGCAAAUGCAGUUCAUUGAAUGUUCCUCAAGUUUUAUCGUAUUCUUUUGUGCUUUUGCAUAAAACUUCCCGACAAGUCGUUCAUGUGAAAGGCACCAAACGAGGUGACAGAGACCAUAAAUGGUUCUAGUGGCAGGCAUAAAAAUUCUCACGCUGCCCUUUUCGCUGGUAACUACUCCAAAGAGAGUGUUAAAUUGCAUGUAACACAUAAGCAUUGCUCUCGGAAAAAUCCUUACUAUUAACUACAACAACAAUAAUAAAAAUUAAUCAUAGUAAUAUCAUAGUAAUGAGAACAAAUAAUAGUAAACAAUAACUAUGAUAAAGAAAUGAUAAAAAGCUUAAUAAAUAUGCACUCUACUAUUAGCCAUAGAUAAAUGCGGUAGCAAAAUAAGACAUUCUUAGCUUUUAAAGAGCAACAAAAUUGGGCCAGCUGGAAACCAUCGUCCUUGAGCUGCGCACCAACCGCAGACGCGGAUUAUAGCUGUUGAGAAUGGAAUAUCUCAGGACUGGUAAUAAAAAGAAACCUUCAUUUACAAACUAUAGAUUCCUCAUUCUACACGGCAGAUAGAAGGAACAGUAGCGCAAAAUUUCUGAGUACGGUUUGGGGCCGUGUAGGGUCCACAGCUUGAUAAAAUUAAAGCGGCCAACUAUCGUGACAAACGUGGCCGCCAGACUUACUUUGUACUCGUGCAAAUAUAAAUGAUCAAAUGA